AUGGAUCAGUUGUCAGAUGAAGAGGUGGAGGUCAGGGAGGAAGAGGAAGAAGAAGAGGAGGACAGCGAUAAAGAGGACCAGGAUCUGGAUAAGAUGUUUGGAGCCUGGCUGGGAGAGCUGGACAAACUCACACAGAGUCUGGAUGAUGGUCGCCCAGAGCAGCCCCCUCAGCAGAAAGCUCCACUCAGACAGGAGACCAACAUGGCCAACUUCUCCUACAGAUUCUCCAUUUACAACAUCAACGAGGCGUUGAAUCAGGGGGAGAACGUGGAUCUCGACGCUCUCAUGGCUGAUCUGUGCUCCAUCGAGCAGGAACUCAGCACCAUCAACACCAAACCCAACAGUUCUGGCAGCAUGGCUCGCCUGGGGUUGACUGACACAAAGGUCCGUCAGAAGCCUCCUGCAGGACGCAGUAGCAGGCAGCAGCCAGCAGGGGGCGGCAGUGGUGGCAGCAGUAGUAACAGUGUUAGUGGUGGGGGGGGCAGCAGCGGGGCGAGCAGUAGCAGCAGCAGCACCAGGGCAUCACCAGCGGGCACCAUCAGAUCUGCCCCAGGGCAUCAUGGGAGACCGGCACUGGCUUCUAACUUCAGCCUGGAUGAUAUCACAGCUCAGCUUGAGAAGGCAUCUCUCAGUAUGGAUGAAGCUGCACGCCAGACGUCCUCUCACUCUCUAAGCUCCGCCUCCUCCUAUACAUCAGCCACGAUGCGUCGGCCCGGUUCCUCCGGCCGCCAGCAUCGGCGUACAGGAUCAGUCGGCACAGUCAGCGAACAUGAGGUGCGUUCAGUCGUCCAUUCUUCGCGUUCCUCCGUCACCUCAGCGUCCGGCGUCUCUGUGAACUCCGCCUCCUCCAUGGACUCCCUGGACAGCGUUCUUCGCUCCAAUGAAUCGGACGGUCAGCUCUCUGUGGUUCCUCCUCCGAUAGAAGGGGCGACUCAGAGCAGUACAGAGCACUCCUAUCUGGACAGGGAAACCUCUCUGAUUCUGAAAAAUAUAGCAGGAAAACCUUCCCACCUCCUGACCAAGGAGGAGCAGGCUGCCAAGCUGAAGGCAGAAAAUAUCCGAGUUGCCCUGGAGAAAAUCAAGGAGGCCCAGGUGAAGAAGCUGGUGAUUCGUGUUCAUUUGUCAGAUGAGAGCUCCAAAACCAUGAUGGUGGAUGAGAGACAGACGGUCAGACAGGUUCUGGACAGUCUGCUGGAGAAGUCUCACUGUGGAUAUAGUCCAGACUGGUCACUGGUGGAGACCAUCAAUGAGUUACAGAUGGAGCGGAUCUUCGAGGAUCAUGAGAAUCUGGUGGAGAACCUUCUAAACUGGACCAGAGACAGCCAGAACCGCCUGAUGUUCACUGAACGCAUCGAGAAGUACGCUCUGUUCAAAAACCCUCAGAACUAUUUGUUGGGGCGGAAGGAGACAUGUGAGAUGGCAGAGAGGAACAAAGAGGCUCUGUUAGAGGAGUGCUUCGGUGGCAGCUCUGUGUCCGUCCCUGAGAUGGAAGGAGUGUUGUGGCUAAAAGAGGAUGGGAAGAAGUCAUGGAAAAAACGCUACUUUCUGCUGAGGGCUUCUGGCAUCUACUACGUCCCUAAGGGAAAGGCCAAGGCGUCCAGAGACCUGGUGUGUUUUCUUCAGUUGGACCAUGUUAACGUGUACCAUGGUCAGGACUACAAGAGCAAGUACAAGGCCCCGACAGAUUACUGCAUGGUGCUAAAGCACCCUCAGAUUCAGAAGAAGUCUCAAUACAUCAAGUACCUUUGCUGUGAUGACGUCAGAACUCUUCAACAAUGGAUUAACAGUAUUCGCAUCGCCAAGUACGGGAAGCAGUUGUAUAUCAACUUCCAGGAGGCAAUGAGGAGAACGGAGGCUGCAUAUGAUUGGUCUUCCCUCUCUUCUUCUUCGAUUAAGUCAGGAUCCAGCUCUUCAAGCCUUCCAGAAUCCCAGUCCAACCACUCCAGUCAAUCAGACAGCGGCGUGUCCGAGAUGACAUCAUCAGGCCACACCCGCUCUCAGAGUGUCGUCAGCUCCAUCUUCUCUGACGCCUGGAGGAGAGGAACACAAGGAGAGAUGAUGAGGAUCGACCCUAUCAGUAGGCCUAUCCCUCUCCAGAUACCAUCCCUGUCCUCCCAAACCCUCCCUCUCUCACAGCCCCAGACUCCUCCUUCCCGGUCCAGUUACACCGAUGGCCUCGUCCCAUCUGACGAUUCUUCCCCAUCACCGCCCUCGCCUCCUCCACCUCCGCCUCCACCCCCUGUUGUGAGUGUGGCCCAUCAGCCAACAGCUACCUCCUCCUCCUCGUAUGUCAAAUACAGCACGCUGGCUCGCCUCCAGAACCAGAGCCAGUCCAGGACACAGCAGGCAGGAGUAGCCCCAGCUGCUGCAGCCAGUCAACCGAAAUCCAACUACAAUACUCUCCCAGCUGCAUACAGCACCUCUCCUCCACUCCCACCAUCCCCACCACCUCCUCCUCCACUCUCACUGCCAACUCCUGGCUCAGCUAUGGCUGCGCUAAAGUAUGGGCCCUCCAGUCCCUCUUCUCUCCCACCUCCACCCCCUAUGGAGGAGGCGGCGCAAGACCCGUCGUACCUCCCACCUCCACCACCGGAAAGCCUAGAGGCCAAUGGUUUGCCUCCUCCUCCUCCACCGGAGCCCAUUCCCAAUUCUUGCCCUCAACUCUCCAACGCUGGCCUCCAGCAGUUCCUGGCACAGAAGUUUCCCAACAUGGUGUACGACUUCACCCCAUCUGUGUCUGAGGAUAAUUCUCCACCACCACCGCCGCCUGAACUUUCACCUCCUACAACCCUACACGUUUUACAGCCUCUAUCCCCCAAUGCUCCACCUCCUGCACCUCCUAAGACAUUUACUGGUGGUUUUCCCCCUCAAACGGCCCCUAAACCCUCAGGUCCUUCUUCCCUGCCACUUGCCCUCUCUCCUGUUUCCCCCACACAGCCCUCCAGUGCCCAUGGGCCAGUAAAAAAGCAGCAAAGCUUCUCAACAGGACACUCCCCAAACCAGCCACCUCCCACUCUGCCGAAGCAACACAGCAUCUCCUCCAAAAACCUCUCUGCUCUUUCUCCCUCAGCCUCCUCCUCUUCCAUCUCGAUAGCAGCAGCUACCUCCUCAUUGGUGAAACAGAUUGUGAAUCAGUUCCCAGGAAACUCCGCACCUUCCUCUCUGCCUGCCUCCAAUUCUACAGAAGGAGCAAAGUUCAAUGCUCCUCAAUCUCCUCCAGCAGUCAAGGCCAAACCAAAGUGGCAGCCAGGUGGUGUUAUGGCUCCCCAGUCUCCAGAGUUCCCCCCACCUCCACCUGACAACUCUGUAGGAGAUUUCCCUCCUCCUCCCUCCUCUUCAUCUUCUUCCAAGACAGGCUCCCCCAUAAAGAAGUCGCCUUCCACCACCUCCACAGGAUCCACUAAGCGGGGUCCUCCACCAACCCCACAAAGAGCCUCCUCAAUCCGGUCCGGCUCAGGGGAGGCUCAAGAUGAGAGGCCCAAGAAGGUGGAGAGCCUUGUAAAUAAAUUUGGCCAAGCUCCUCAAACUGGUACCUCAUCCAGCUCCUCAUCUGCGACCGGGUCUCCUUCUAAAGAAUCCUCUGCCCCGGCGGCGCUCCCCAAGCCAGGCAAGCUAAACUUGGCCAACCUCCCAUUGGUGCUCCAGGGGCUACAAUCAAGCCAACACCAUCAUUCCAAUGAGUUCCCGUCCCCACCUCCUCCACCUCCCCCAUCUCAGCCUCCUCACAUCGAUUCAUCACCUGACUACUUCCCACCUCCCCCAAGUGACUCUGAGCUUUUUCCUCCACCUCCCCACCCAUCAGAGUUUCAUCACCCUCCAAAGGUUGCUGUUGUGAACCCCCAGCCCCAAAUGCAGCCUCCGCAACCAUCAGCAACCUCCUCUAUGUCGUCAUGGAAACAAGGCUCACUGAAAAAGGGGGUAGCCCCUCCUCCAACGCUGAACCGGCGGACCAGCAAUACACCCCAGUAUGACAACACACCUUCAAUGCCCCUAUCACCACCUCCUCUGUCUCAGACCCCACCUCCUUCCUUGUCUUCCUACUCCUCUUCCUCCUCUCCUGUACCCCCAACCUCCCCAAAAUCAGCAGGGCCAGGCACCCUGGCAUUUAAGCCUCACUUCCUGGAAGACCUGAACCGCACCCUUAAGAGGAAGUCAGUGUCUCGCCACGGCUCACUCACUUCUUCUCAUCUAAUCACCUCCUCCAAGAUGGAGCCCAUGGCCACCAUGGACGACAUGGCACUUCUCCCACCUCCGCCUCCCGAGCUCCUGCAGCAGCAGCAGCAGGGUGUCCGAGGGCACUCCCACACUUUGUCUCGCCACCAUACACACUCUCACUCCACAAAACAUGCCAACAUCUCAGGCUAUGCAACGCUACGGAGAGGUCCACCUCCCGCUCCUCCUAAACGGGACCAAAGCACCAAACUGACCAGUGAGUGGUAGGGAGAAAGGACAGAGAGUGGAGCAUAAAAAACUGAAGUGACUGAUUUCCUGCAAAGAAAAAAUAAUCAGUGUCUGUCUUGACGUGUUGGUCUCCUCUCAUCCUACAUCAUCCACCCUCGGAUUCUGAUCAAGUAGCAAGCCCUGUUUCCUACGCUUAAGCUCAGAUUAUAAUUGUUCCCGUGAUCCUCAUUAUUAAUAUUACCAAUACAUGUUUAACCCAAUGACAUGAGUAAAACUAUAUAUGUGUAUAUAUAUGUAUACAAGCAAGCCAGAAAAGUCAUUUAUCAAGCUUUUUCACAAUGUCUGUGCAGCUUUGCAUUGGAAAAUAUAAAAACAAGACUUGAACGACAAUGGCAACAGAGACAUUUUGCUGCAAAAUAUCUGGUACUGCAUGGAGCCGUGGCAAUGGAAGUAGCAUUACUGAUGAAGGGAAGGAAUAACGGAAGGAGUAAGCGACGCAGAAGUGAGAAGAUGUAUAUAAAAAAUGUAACGGAGGGGGGGAGUGGGACACUUAGAAGGAGCAUUGCCAUUUCUUUCAAACUUUUUUGUGUGUUUUUAUAUAAGAUUAUUUAAUACUGGAAAGAUAUUAUUAUUAUAAUUAUUUUAAGUUUAUAAGAAGUGUAAAAGGAGAAUGAGUUUGAUUGGACAUGGAUGUGUACUCCUAUGUCAGUGUUGAUCUGAAACUAACAUACAGCUAGUUCCACUGAAGGCCUGUUUGGAUCAUUUAACCUCAUAUUUCUUCAAAUUUAGAGCUUCAUGGUUGAUUGGUUUGUGUCUCCCAGAUGCACAUUUCUCAAACAAACACUUGCCGUUAAUUGUCAUCUUGAGAAUCAACAAAGAUUUUCUCAGAUCGCAGGUGUUUUACAUCCUCAGCAGUUGUGAAAUCAAAUUUCAUCACACUACAAUUAUCACAGAAUAGGGAGCUAUGCACCAGUUAUCCCAUUGUUUGUCUUUCCCUCUGUAGAGCUCUUAGAGAAUAUGUAAACUGUACUGUACGUGACUCAUCUGAACUGACAACAGUUUGAGUGUUCAGAUUUCUUCUUUGGACUGUUGCUUGGGUAUAAAUCAGCCCAAAACCAAUGUAAUCUGAACUCAGCCUUAAUGUCAACAAGUCAGCAACAUCAGUGAAAGGUGUGAUAAUGAAAUGAAAGACUAUCAGGACGUCUGUUGCUUCAUUAGUCAGUCAGUCGGUUAGUUAUUUGUUUGCUAGGUAGUAGACCAAACAGCUAGUCAGCUACACUGAACUCUGUUUGAGAAAGGUGAUCAUCAGUUUCUACUUAAUAAACCAAUCACAUGUUUUGUCAGU